AUGAAGAAUUGUGAAAUAUUGGUAAUUUUAGCAAUUAAUUUUUUUUCGACUUCCCGGUCUUAUUGCCCGGAAAAAUGUGAAUGCCGACUGGAACGAGCGCCCUGGAGUGUCGUUUGCUCGAACCAAAAUCUCGAGGAAUUUCCGAAAAAAAUUAGCGGCUUGACGGAAGCGUUGGAUUUGUCAAAAAACAACUUAAAAAGUAUUCCAGCAGACAUUGGACGUCUGAAAGAACUGAGUACUAUUAAUUUUUCGAGGAAUAAAUUGGAUAAAUUGCCAGACGAGUUUGAAAAUUUAUGGAAACUUGAACAUCUGGAUUUGAGCGAGAAUUUUUUUGUAAGUAUUGAAGUGAUUUCAAGGUUGCCUAAUCUAAAGCAUUUAACCUUGAGGAAAAAUCCGGUCAGUAAUUUAGAGAAUUUAGAAAAUAUAAAUGCUCAAUAUUUGGACGUCAGUGAAUGUUCUAUCACAUAUCUAAACAAUAAAUCACUGAUCGGACUUCCUAACUUGAAGUCGCUGAAACUAGAUAAAAACCCACUGAAAUCAAUUGAUAAUCUAAGUCACCAAAAUCUUAAGUGGCUUGAUCUGUCGAAUUGUUUACUCAAUUAUUUACAACCAAAUACUUUUGUAAAUACGCCGGAGCUUGAGCAAUUACGGAUGUCAAAUAAUCCAAGUUUGGCUUUUAGUACCAGAAAAGAAACAUUGAGGCAUGAUAAAUUAAAGCGCCUCGACGUAUCAAAAUGCAACUUGGACCGUCCAGGAUUACAUGGUUUGCCAUCACUCACCCACGCAAUACUUUCUUACAACACAAUCCGACUUCUACCGGACCGAAUAUUCUCUAAGAAUAAAAAACUCGAGCGUCUGUAUUUAAACAACAAUGGCCUGUCGCAACUGAACCAAAGUUCUUUUGCUGGACUACCAGAGUUAGAUGUCCUGAAUUUGUCGCACAAUAAUUUAGAAUCCCUACCAUGGGCUCUCCUGCGAGACAAUGUAAAUCUAAGAUCAGUAAACUUGUCUUACAACGAUAUAAAAUUAAUGCCCGUGAACUUGACCACAACAGCUCUUAUUCUCGAUUUGUCUUACAAUUUAAUCGAGUUUGUACCCGGAGAAAGUUUGCGACAAAUGCCGGCCUUGAAAAUUUUGGAUUUGAGUGAAAACAGACUCGAGUCGUUUUCUUCAGGGUUGCAGUCGCAAACUCUGCAGAGUCUUUACCUGGAAGGCAACCGAUUGACGAGAUUAACCAACGAGAGUUUUGCUUAUUUGCUCGCUCUGGAUAAUAUCAAUUUGUCCGGUAAUCGAUUAACAGAAGGUAUCGGCUACGAGAUAUUCAGUUUGAAUGACAAUCUGAACACAAUAGUCCUAGACGACAAUCCGUGGCGUUGUGACUGUAUACAAUUGUAUCCAUCAUAUCGCUAUCUUACUCAGUCAUCAAAGACAGCUUCAUCGAGUCUUAUAUGUGAAAGCCCGGCAAAUGUAUCAGGAUACUCGUGGUCGACUGCAUGUCGGUCUUUUUGGAACGAAGAUCGAUCUGAAAUUAAACGCUCCGACAGGACUUACGGAUUAGUAGUCAUGGGAUUUUUGAUAUCUGUCCUAAUUUUCGGCAGUAUCGCCUCCGUUGCUCACACGUUUAAGGAAAAAAGACGACAGGCAUUGCUGAGAUUACGCGAAGCUGAACGAGCCGAAGCCAGAGAACGACUGAUACUCCACAGACGAAGUCAUUUGGAGGAAACGAGACGUCAAGAAAACGUCCCACGUGUUCAACCGGAAGAACUGAUAGGCCCACCUACUUAUGAAGAAGCUGUUCAGAUGCCGAGAUUGGCGCGAUCUUUGGAAACCUUGGACACUAUCUCGAUAGAGGGAAUCGGUCAAUCCGCGCAAUCCCUCGAUCGCGAGACACUUAAUCGAAAACGAAGGCGACAACGCAAACGAGUGGUCAAGAGAACAAAAAGUGAAGACACUCUUGAUUCUAGGACCAGAAAAAUUCAAAGUGGCAGUCGGAGGACAAGAAAUGUCUCCCAGAGACGAAACGCUCUCCCGACUUCUUCCGGAUCGGGACAAAUUGAUCCCAAACGACCGGAAAGAAAUUCGGAGAACCGUCACGCAAACCAAUCUGAAGCUUCUAGUGUUGAUAACAAUUGGGAACGGACUUUGAGAGCUAGACCCUCGAAUGCGAGGAAAAAGAAGCGGCUGUUCAAGCAAAACGGACAUUCGAGCGACGACGAAGAUUCAGAUGUUCUGAAAAAUCGUAUGGUCAGUGCCAGGCGUGAAGUGAAUCUUGAUAACAUACAGGUGAUCGAAUUACCACGAGAACCUCGAAGUGGAACUUACAUACCGCCGGUAUCACCGCCACUCUACACUCCCUCCUCGCCUUCACUCAUUUCCUCGCCUGAACCGUGUGACAAUAGCGAACAAAUUUCUAGGAGUAGAUUUGUUUAA